UAUAUCCAAUUAUUUUUCCCUUUUAAAUUUGCCCAAUCUAUUUAAAAUUCAGUCCAUGUAAUUCCCAUCGCUCCUCCGGAGAAAGAAAUGAUUCCCGCCAUUUCUCUCUCUAACAUAACCGUUCCAACCAACUUAACUGUAACAUCAGGUCCCAACAUCUCCAAGACCCACACAACUACUACUUAUCCUACUCCAACUCCAAACUCAACUCUUAAAUCUCUGGCCAAAUCUGGCAAACUAGAGGACGCCCUUCGCCUGAUCGAAUCCUGGCCGUCCAAAUUCCCCGCCGCCCCGGAACCCGACGCCGGCGCCUACUCCCUCCUCCUCCACGCCUGCAUCUCAAGAAGGUCCUUAGAACACGGCCAAAGACUCUAUCUGCAGUUACUACUCGCCAGAGACCGUGGCAAACACAACCUCCUCAAAAACCCCACCUUGAAAAGCAAGCUCAUCACUCUUUACUCCGUUUGCGGCCGCCUCGAUGAGGCCUGCGGCGUCUUUCUCGACGGGCUUGAAGACGGAGAAGAAGUGCCCGAAUCGGUCUGGGUGGCGAUGGCUAUUGGGUACUCGAGAAAUGGUCUACCCAAGCAAGCUUUGCUUCUCUACUGCGAGAUGUUGGCCCGGUUCUUCCGGCCCGGUAAUUUCGCGUUUUCCACGGCCUUGAAGGCGUGUUUCGACAUGUUUGAUUUGAGAGUCGGUAGAGCUGUUCAUGGCCAGAUUGUAAAGUCUAGUGAAGAACCGGAUCAGGUGGUAAGUAACGCUCUUUUGCGGUUGUAUGCGGAGUGUGGGUGUACUGGGGGUGCAUUGAAGGUGUUUGAAACAAUGCGCAAAAGAAAUAUCGUGUCUUGGAACUCGUUGAUUGCGAGUUUUUCCGGUCGAGAUCAGGUUUUUGAUGCGCUGAACGCUUUUAGGAAGAUGCAAGGAGAAGGGAUGGGGUUCAGUUGGGUUACCCUCACUACGAUCUUAUCUGUGUGCACUCGAGUAACUGCGCUUCGCAGUGGAAAAGAGAUACAUGUGCAGAUUGUAAAAUCUGCCAAUAGACCUGAUAUCCCUCUGCUAAACUCACUUCUCGACAUGUACGCUAAAUGUGGAGAGAUUGAUUACUGCGGGAGACUGUUCGAUGAAAUGCAAGGUAAGGACUUGACUUCUUGGAAUACUAUGCUUACAGGGUACACAGUAAAUGGUUUUAUAGAAGAAGCAAUGGAGUUGUUUGAUGAGAUGAUUGAGUCUGGUAUCAAGCCAGAUGAGGUAACGUUUGUUGCGUUGUUGUCGGGUUGUAGCCAUGCCGGGCUUAUCGAUGAGGGACAGAGGCUUUUUAACGAGAUGAAGUCAGAAUAUGGGGUGUCACCAACUAUUGAGCAUUAUGCUUGUUUGGUGGAUAUC